CCGUUUGUUUUCCUUUUUCGCUCAUCCUUUUACUAGUAAACACAAGUGUGACAUCUCUAAGCUUUAGCCAGAUUCGUGUGUAGGCUGGCUGUGUUAUGUGUUUGUCUUUGCCUUCUUAAUCUGAAGGAAGGAAUUAUUGUUUGUUUCUGUUCACGAAAAUGGGAAAAAAACGCAAAAUCGGUGGUGAAAGUUUAAUAAAUCGAGAUGCUAUGAACAAGGACAUGAUCAGUGAGUUACCUGAAGCUUUGCUCCUGCAUAUAUUGUCUUAUGUUCCAACAGAAGAUGUCAUAGCAACGAGUGUUUUGUCCAAACGGUGGAGAUCUCUUUGGAAGAUGGUGCCAAAGCUCGAGUUUGAAUCAAAUAUUGAACAGGUGUCUUCAGAGGAUGUUUACAGGUUGCUGCUUUUGCAUAAAGCUCCGUUUCUGGAAAGUUUGCAUUUGAACAUUGAAAAUACAAAAGGUCGUUUGGAUAGUGGGAUAUUGAUUGGAAUUGCAUUUUCACGCCAUGUGCGCAAAUUGGAGUUGGAUCUUUACCAUGAUGAUCAAGAGACAGUCAGGUUUCCGAGUGUAUUGUGUAGCUAUAACAAUACACUCGAGGUACUAAAUCUCAUGCAUCACGUUCUUUUGGACUUCCCUUCUCGGGUUUGUUUCAAUGCCCUUAGAGAGCUGCAUCUUUUCCAUGUGGAAUUCAAAGACGAAGCGUCUGUUUGCAACCUUUUAUAUGGCUGCCCUAGGCUUCAAGAUUUGGUUGUUACACGAUAUAGCAGUAUUGAUGUGGAGACUUACACUAUUGCGGUGCCAUCACUACAGAGGCUAACCAUAGAAGAGGAUAGUAGCCAAGAUAUGUAUGGUGGCGGCUAUGUGAUAAAUGCACCAUCUUUGAAAUACUUGAACAUCAAAGGCCUCUAUUGUAUUGACUUCUUUCUAUUUGAGAAUGCGCCAGAGCUUGUGGAAGCAAAGAUCAAUGAUGUUUCUGAGAUAGACAAUGAGAACAUUCUUGCAUCUCUCACUUCAGCCAAGCGUCUCUCCUUUCAAUUUACCGUAGAGGUUAAGUAUCCUACUGGUGGCAUCUUCUAUCAGCUGGUAUUUUUGAAGCUACGUAUAGAUGACAUAAAUGGGUGGAAUCUACUUUCGUUCAUGCUCGAUAGCUCUCCUAAAUUGCAAUCCCUCAAACUCUACGGCUCAUGUUGGGAAGACUGUCCGGUGGGCUGGGAAUGGACUCAGCCGAAAUGUGUACCAGAAUGUCUGUUGCUUCAUCUGGAGACAUUGGUGUGGAGAAGAUACGGAUGGCAACGAUAAGAUGAGAAACAAGUGGCCACAUACAUCCUCAAGAACGCUAGAGAGUUGAAGAAAGCAACUUUCGACCCAACAUACGUCAAACCGGAAGAGCUGGAAAAGAGACGUGAGAUGCUCAACGUGUUGGCUAGUGUGGCCAGAGCCUCUACUUCAAGUCACCUUGUGUUCGAACCAGUUGGUCGCUAGAAUGUUGUUCACUGCUGUGUUGGCAAAUGGGAAAUUUUCAACUUCGUGAAUCUUUCAAGAAGUCGAAGUGGAUUCUUAAGUCUGGUGCAUCUUGAUUAUUAAACGUUAUUGGGCUGAGGCUAUUAAAACAAUUUUAUUUUUUCUUAUUUAUUAUUUUUCUCAAGUUAUUAAGAACAAUUUUCC